AGAAAUGUUUCGUUCUAACUAUCGUGGGAUCUCAUAAUUCACACCUCAUGAGAGCCGAGCAUCCUCGCUGGCACACCGGGCGUUGAGGUUUCCACUCACUCAAUGUUUUGUUCUUUUCUCUAAUUGAUGUGGAAUCUCACAACUAAUAACUUCUUUUAAUAGCGUUUUACUUAAAAUUCUAUCCUCAAAAGCUAUUAAAAGGUAUUUGUUCGAAACCCUCAAUAUGAAUUAAUUGAGCAAAAACAGACAAAAAAAUAGAAGAAAAGAAAUGGUGUCUUCUACUUUUCUUGCAGUAUCUUCUCUUUUAGCCUUCGUCCUUUCACUUUUCUUCUUCAAUGGCGUGGUUCCCAUGCAUGCAUCUUUCCCCAACAGCGUCCCUUCCACCAUCUGCAAGAAAACUAAAAACCCUUCCUUUUGCUUUAACAUCUUGAAAUCUGCUGGCACCACAGAUCUCAAAGGGCUGGCCACCUUCGCCCUCAACCUCGCCCACAACAAGGCUACUAAAACCCGUGCCCUCGCCCCGUCCCUGGCGUCCAAGGCGACUGAUCGCAAGCUUAAGGAGCGCUAUGCCACCUGUGUCAAACACUACGACAAUGCCGCCGCCGACAUCAAGGAUGCGAAGUACAACUUGGGGAAAGGUGACUACAAUGGCGCCAACAUUCAGGCUUCUGGAGCCAUGACGGAGGCUGGCGACUGUCUGGACAACUUCACGCUGCUGCCAAAGAACCCAUCGGUGCUGUCUAACAACGAGAAGGUUGUAGAAGAUAUGUGUAGUAUUAUCUUGAUUAUAUCCAAUCUUCUUCUAGUGCGUUCCUAA